UUAGGGGAAAGAGGUCGAUUUUUUUGUCCCCACAAUCAUGAACCAUCUUGUAAUUCGUUUGGGGAAGACGGCCGAUCUGAUUCAAACACUUGUCGCACUCCAUUCUCAUCUUCUUCCUCAGUUCUUCAUCUCCAUUACUAUGCAUUUUCAUCAGCUCCACACAGAGGCCUCAAAUGGGUAACCCUUCAAUCUCUUUCAGAUUCACCAUUUUCCUCUCCCUCUCUCUCUCAGUCACCCCUUUUGCUCUUUCUUCCUAUUACAACAAACGAUCCCCAAUUCCCAAAGCCACUCCCUCCGAUUUGCUCAAUCUUCUCGGUUCUAAAUCUCAAGCUUCGUCUGUGAACCCUAGCGUAGCGAAGGAGCUAAAAUCCUGUUUCAAAUUCCUUGUUCCCUUCCAUUCAACUCCAUACAUCGCGAAAUUCUCCAGUAGACGGAGCUUGAGGUCGACCAGAUUCGAUAAUCGGAGUCGGAGAGAGGAGGAUGAGCUCGUUUGGUGGCCGCCUCAGUCGGUUCUUGAACUCGCUCGCCUUGGUGUUGAUUCUGGUGGAGACCCUGGGGCCAUCCAUCGUACCCUUGAUCCUGCUAUAAUCCCUAUACCUGACAUUCAUGGAUCAAGAAGGCACAAAUGCGAACUCACAAGAACACCAUAUGGGAGACGCUUCAUAAGCGAGGAACUAAAUUCAUAUCUUCAGUUCCUGUUUGAGCUCAUUGUUGCUCGAUCUUCUGCUAUGGGGUUAAACAUUACAUUGAACCGUUUCGAUUUAUUUCACGGUCAUCUUUUUCUUGCCUUCGACAACAACAGGCUCGGUAUUUUGUUUCAUGCCAAGGAGUUCCCAGCUUACGAUGAGAAGGCUUUUCCAUGCAACAUGGGUUAUUGUCAAAUAGGAUCUAAUGUAUCCUAUGAUGAUUCAAUGAACUUGAGAAAUAUCCUUUGGUUGGCACCUAUGCCCAGCAAUUCUACCAAGGACUGGGAGGCACCAGGUGUUCUUGUGGUGCUGGAUGCUCGUCCAGAUGGAAUCAUAUACAAAGAUAUCAUACCUAAUUAUGUACAUAUAGCAAGAACUAUUUAUGAAGAUGAUCUUGGGGAUACUGUGGUUGAUGUUAACUACUUAGACACUGGCAAUGCUUUUGCAAAUUAUCAAAUCUUCAUAUGCUAAUCAUCAGUGAAUGCUGUGGGGGAAGAACUCUGCAAUUAUGAUACCAUUACUCUAAUUUGUUAAAAUAGAAGAAUCAAUUGGAAACCAUCAUUUUGAAUGGUGCCCCUUUAUUUUCUUGUUAUUUGUUCAUUUCUCUUGAAACCAUAGCCUCGUGCUACUUUUGUUUGGCCACGGGGUAAAAUAGAAAGGGUUAAAUUAUAUAAUUUGGUCCGUAUAA